AUGUCGGGCCGCGGCAAAGUGGGCGGCGGCGGCAAGGCGCGGGCCAAGGCCAAGUCGCGCUCGUCGCGGGCCGGGCUGCAGUUCCCGGUGGGGCGUGUGCACCGGCUGCUGCGGCGCGGGCGCUACGCGGAGCGGGUGGGGGCCGGCGCGCCCGUCUACCUGGCAGCGGUGCUGGAGUACCUGACGGCCGAGAUCCUGGAGCUGGCGGGCAACGCGGCGCGCGACAACCGCAAGACCCGCAUCGUCCCGCGCCACGUGCAGCUGGCCGUGCGCAACGACGAGGAGCUCAGCCGCCUGCUGGGCCGCGUCAUGAUCGCGCAGGGCGGCGUCCUCCCCAACAUUCCCGCCGCCCUCCUGCCGCGCAAGGCCGCCGCGGGCGCGGGGAGCGGCGGCGCGGCGGCGGCGCCCAGGAAGAAGACCGUCCAGGCCUCGCAGGAGUACUAGCCCGGAGGAGAAGGAGGAGGAAGGGCACGGCGCCCGCUGCCGCUAUCUUGGGACUGACGCUUCGGGACGGGCCCACGCCAGGGCCGGCCGCAGAGACUCCCGCUGAGGCGGCUACCUGGACCUCGAGUGUUCAUUAAAGGGCUUUGGGUAUCGUU